CGGACCGGGGCCAUCGGCUUGGACAAGGACAAGGGCAGGGCCGACCUGAAUGGGCAGCGGGCCAUCCACCUCUUCGAUCACCUGUCGCAGGCCUGGCGCAGCGGGAUCCGACGACGGCAACUUCGAGGCGACUGGCCCGAGUGGGGCCAUGGCAGCCCACUUGGCCGCAGCCGAGAGUCAGCUCUGCUCGCGCUGCAGGCCGCAUGCUGGAGGUUGAGGGAUGCCAACGCCUCGGUGGCGCAGCAGAACAGGGGCGUAGCGGGGGCUUUCAACGCGCUUACCUGGGACCAUUGGAGCGCGCGUGCUGUUGGGCGCCCGCGGCCAAACGACAGGCUAUGCUUCGCGCAGCCGUUGAGCGACUUAUACGUGACAGUGGCGACGCCUGACGGGGCGUUGGAGUUCACGCUUGAGGAGAGGGGGGCCAUGGGGGGCAGCUUGCUUCCCUGGGGCUUCGUUGCCACGUACUCAGUCGCGGUGGGAGCGGCCUUCGCGCAAGUGAUGGAGGCGGAGGAGAGCUACGCGUGGCUCGGGACGAAGAUCCCCGGCAAAGGGCGGUGCAAUAUGGGCUUCACAUGGUUCUUCGAGGUGCAGCUGCGGUGUGCUCGCCUGCCGUUCACCAGCUACGUGCAUGACCCGGCCCUGCCCGCGCCCCAUGUGCUGCCGGUCGCGCCCGGCCCGAUGGAGGAAUUGUCCAAGGACCCGACGACGCUGCUGAGGCCCCUGAUCGGGGGGGCGUUCGCGAUGUGGAAGGGGGGGCGGCAGCGCGCCCUCACGAACGAUCAGGUGCGGGGCUACUGGGAGCUGGCCAUGCCCGAGGUGGCACCAGAGGCGCACCACCAGGUAAUCGCGACGGUCUGUGGCCAGUGCGGGUUCGAGGAUGAGAUGGGCAUCAAGCGCCUGGGAGAGAACGGGUGGCCGAUUGCGACUUCCACACCGCGGCGCCACCAGGUGGAGGAGGGCUUGGAGGAGAUGGGCAAGGUGCCCGGCGGCAUGGCUGACCUUGCCUACGAGGGCGAGGUGCGCGAUCAGUUCGUGCAGCCGGACCUGAGG